AUGCAGAUCAAGAAUCUGGCCAUCCUGGCCGCUGUGGCCGCUACAGCUGUCGCCGAAGAAGUCCAACAUGUCGAGGUCAUCCACGUCGUUGAGACCCUCCACAUCUACAACGCCAAGAUCAUUCCCGUCAGCCCCAACAAGCGCUCCCUCGACUCUCUCUUCCGCCGCGCCGACAGAGCUCAAUGCAGCAGCUCCGCCAUCUCCUUACUCAGGAGCGCGCCCACCCCAGACCCUGACCUUCAGUCAUGGGCCCUCAGGGCCCCUUCCUCCACCGACCCCUGCACCCUCGUCGCCCCAUCGUCUCUGUCCGAUGCUCUGAUCGAGUAUCUGACUGAGGUCGCCGAGUGGGCGAUUGAGAAGGAGGGUGAUGCCCAGAAGAUUGUCGAGGAGUGUGAGCUCGAUGGGGAUGGCAACGUCCUCGAGUCUUGCUCUACUCCCGGCACUCUCUUCUUCACUUCUGCCAACCAGACAAAGACGGUUCCUCUCGAGCCUAUCCUGGAGUCGUUGACGGCCACUGCAGGAUCUGGAGGAUCGUCGGGCGAUAACGGCAAUGCGGCUCCUGCUCGUGGUGCGGGUCUGACUGCCGUGUUUGCGGUCGCGAUGGGUAUUACUGGCUUCCUUGUGUCUCUGUAA